AUGGCCCAAAACCCAGAAAAACAGACCGCUCGUCUGAUUCCUGGAGCAGAUGGUCCUCUCGCUACAUCUUACACGUACCAUUCGCCCACACCCACAGUAGCUGGCCCGUACAUCCUGGGCGUCGAUGAAGCGGGCCGAGGCCCGACGCUCGGCCCCCUGGUGUAUGGCGUUGCAUACUGCGCAUCGUCACGCAAAGAUGAUCUUGAAGAGAUGGCCUUUGCAGAUUCGAAGACACUUACUGCAGAGACGAGGAGAUCUCUGCUUGAGACGCUAAGCGGUGCACCUGACUUUUUGGGUUGGUCGGUUAGAGUCAUAUGUCCACAGGCUAUUUCGAGUGGAAUGCUGCGCAAGCCACCAAUAAACCUGAAUAAACAGUCGGAAGAAGCGACGAUUCUUCUGAUACGUGAAGUACUACAGCGAGGACUCCAAUUGUCUGAGAUAUACGUGGAUACCCUGGGCAACCCCGUAACAUACCAAGCAUAUCUGUCAUCCUUAUUUCCGGGCAUCGAGAUCACUGUGGCCAAGAAAGCAGAUUCACUAUAUAGAAUAGUAGGCGCUGCGAGCAUCGCAGCGAAGGUGAAUAGAGAUGCAUGGAUAGAGGGCUGGAUAUUCGAAGAAGAGCACUGCAACAGCCAAGAGGGCACCGAAAAGGACGAUGCCUUAACAGCGUUUGGGAGCGGGUAUCCGUCAGAUCCCAACACCAAGAAGUGGUUGGAAGCAAACUUAGAGCCGACUUUUGGUUACCCUUCGAUAGCUCGGUUCUCCUGGGGUACUAUCAAGGUGGCUCUGGAUAAAGCAGCGCAUUCCGUCAAAUGGAUCGAUGAGGGUGAGGAUUCACUCAUCAAAGCAUUCGAAAGCGGCACGCCUCGAGAUCAAGGCCGAUGCACAGCGGCUAAGGAUUUGUGCAUUAGAAGCAUUGGCAUGCUAUGA